AUGCGCGAAGUCAACUUCAGCAUCCCCAACGCCAACAAGGCGUCGGUCGGCAUCACCACCGCCCUCUAUGACCGCCGCGCUCUCGACUGCACAUCGACCCUCCCGCUCAUCAACUCGCUCAACCACCUCGCCUACCUCACAACCUCCUCGGCCCGCAUACGGGACAUUCUCACCGUCGAUGGCGGCAUCGAACGCCUGAUAUGCAUCCUCAAGGAGGGCCGGAGCAAGGACAUGAUGGACAUGUGGAAGUGGAACCUUGCUUUCCAAUGCAUCUUCAACAUUGGCGUACGCGGCUCCGAGAACGUCAGGACGCGUGUGGUUGAGGCCGACAUGGUGCCCGUCAUCGCCUCCAUUCUCGACAACUACAUCAAGGUCGUCGAUAAGAUGCGGGCACGCGCUGAGGUUGAGUUCAACAAAUCUGCACGUCUUGGUGCAUCGAGCCGACACCACUCCUCGCGGACCGGCGAGGUUGCGUCGAGCUCCUCACACCGAGCUGAUCGAUCACGGCGCAUCAUCCCUCCUCCCAUUGAGAUUCCACAGCCGACAGACGCACCCUUGGCUGACGCGACGCCCAUUCCCGCCUUCUCCCUGAGCUCCCCUCCCGAGCGGACGACAUUUGCACGCGGCCGACCUCCUCAUCACCAUCACCAUCGCAGCCACGAAAGCCGAGCACAGCUGUUUGGCGCUCCCGGCAACAACACCCGCAACCUCGGCCAGCCAUUGGUCACGGCGUUACCCUCCAUGGAGGCAACACCUGAUGCGUUUGCGCUACGGCCGGUGCGAGAUGCGGAUCGCCUUCCUUCCAUGCUCCCCGCCCUGCAAGGGGAGAUCACUUCCCAACCAGAGUCACCGACAACACCGAGCGCCCCACAGGCACGCCAGACGAGCCCAAGAGCGGGGCUAGCCCGGACGCGCCGCCGACCAUCCAUCCGACACCAGCUGUCUGUAUCUGGCGAGUCGGACCUCGAAGCACAACAAGAUGACAUGUCUGCAGAGGCUGCAACAGCGGCGGGUCCGUCUGUGAAUGAGCCAAUCGUCGGCAUUCAGAACAAUGAGAUCAAUAUGGCCGACAUCGUCGACAACGCAGAGAUGCUGGAUGCUGGCAACACACCAGUCCCCAUCGCUGCUCCGUCGGAAGGCACAGACGAGAAUAACGAGACCUUCAAUAUUACUCACCGUCCAGCGCUCGAUGGCAGUCUAAUCAACCCCACCAACACCCCGCCGAACAACCCCAUCACCGGGUUCUCCCCGAUGCCACCGACCAUCAACGUCGUGAACACCAACCCACCGCCUCCCUGGCUACCAAGAUACCAGCAAGAACGCAAUGCGUCAGCUAGCGUGCUCGCAGCCAUGCCUCGGGACGAAGACGUGCUCAUGUCUCUACAACUACUCGCAUACGUGUCGAAAUACUGCAACCUCCGGUCCUACUUCCAGAACUCCCAUCUGGUGCCUAAACUCAAGAUCGGCACCGAGCUACUUGACGGAGAAGCCUCGACACCCAAGGCAGAGGAAGAAGAGGAGGAGCUGGAGGAAUACGAACUUCCAGACGAUUUUAACAUCUUCCCUCUGGUUGAGCAGUUCACCGUACGACAUCACUCGUCCGACAUGCAGUACUGGGCCAGCGUCGUUAUGCGCAACCUAUGCCGGAAAGACGACUCUCGAGGCGGCAUCCGACAGUGCGCAUACUACAAGUGCGGCAAGUGGGAAGAAUACACCCGCCAGUUCGCCAAGUGCCGUCGGUGCCGGCGGACCAAGUACUGUAGCAAAGAAUGCCAGAAGAGCGCCUGGGUUUUCCACCGCCACUGGUGCGUUGCUGCAUCGUAG